CUCUGUGAUCUGUGACUGUCAUUGUUGCAGAGAAGAGACACGGAUAGGGUUUUGUGGUAGGAUUAGGCAGUUGUGAGUGUUCUGUGAUAAAUUACACUGUAUAUUUGGAUUGUUGAGUAAAUUAAAAGAGAAUUUCAAUUAAAUACCGCGAUGUCGACGUCGGGCGAUUUUGGCAAUCCUCUAAGAAAAUUUAAGUUAGUUUUUCUAGGAGAACAGAGUGUGGGUAAAACUUCUCUAAUUACGAGAUUUAUGUAUGAUAGUUUUGAUAAUACUUAUCAGGCAACAAUAGGAAUCGAUUUUCUGUCAAAAACAAUGUAUUUAGAAGACAGAACAGUCCGACUGCAGCUGUGGGACACUGCUGGACAAGAACGGUUCAGAUCGUUAAUUCCUUCGUACAUUCGAGAUUCCACAGUGGCUGUAGUAGUUUAUGACAUUACAAAUGCAAAUUCGUUUCAUCAAACAUCAAAAUGGAUUGAUGAUGUAAGAACUGAAAGAGGUAGUGAUGUAAUAAUAAUGCUCGUUGGCAAUAAAACUGACCUCUCAGACAAGAGGCAGGUCAGCACCGAGGAAGGAGAACGCAAAGCUAAAGAACUAAAUGUUAUGUUUAUUGAAACUAGUGCCAAAGCAGGAUAUAAUGUUAAGCAAUUAUUUAGACGUGUAGCUGCUGCCCUGCCCGGUAUGGAUUCAACGGAAAAUAAACCCCCAGAAGACAUGCAAGAAGUUGUUCUGAAAGACACACCCAAUGAAGUGAAAGAUCCUGAUGGAGGCUGUGCAUGCUGAUUUUAAUUUUAAACGUUGUACCUAAGUUUAUACAUUGGUUGCUUGACAAUAAUAUGUUGACAGAAGAAUGUCUAAGAUUUUCAAUUUUACUUUUCUUCAAAUAAUUUGCAAUAGUCAAUAUAACGGAGUCUUAACAGUCAUUUAAAUUUAACAUUUAAUACAGUUAAGCCUAUGUUUAAAGCACAAAAAUGCCAUAAAUAACGUACUCUUUGAUCUAUAAAGCCAGUGUUCAAUUAUGACACAUUAAAUGGCUUACCUAAGAAGUAUUGUCGACCAAUCAUAUGUAUUCUGUUUAUAUAUGUUUAUUUUGUAAAAAAAAUAUUUGUUUUUUACAUUGCUGCCUUACUUAGGAAUUUUAGGUUAUUUGUAGAUUAUUUUGUACGAUUUCCGAAUUCUCGACAAGUUUUCUCUUGAAAAUCGGCAAAAAUAUGUUAAAUUCAAAUGUCAGGCACCCAGUAGUAGAGUUCUUCAAAACUAUAUUCAUCAUAAAUUAAUUUUGUUUCUAAUUGAACAAAGCCUUCGUUAUUUGAUGAUUCUAACACAUCAGCAGAAAUUGAAAAUGGUAUCUUUUAAAGUGUUUAUGGUUGCAAUUCGUUUUUGCGUAGCUGAACAAGCAAUAAUAUAUUCGUAAAUUUUUGUGCAAUACUAUAGAGAUUAUCAUACAGUGAUCGAAAGUGUUAGUAAUAUUGCAAUAGGUUUUGACAAUUUCAAGAUGAAAAUAUAAUUUAAAUAUUUAUAACACAUCAAUUAGUAUUAACGCCUGUGGAAUUAAUUAAUCACUGUGAUGUUUUUAUAUUUGCCUCACCAUUUAUCAGCUUUAGUAGAUACUUUUUCUAUAUGUAUUGAAAACUUUACAUCUGCCUGAAUGUGUAAAAUAGCAAGCUCCACUUGAAUAUGCCUCCCAGUGUAUAUUGCUCAAAAUUUUGUAAACAUUGCUAUAGUAUUAUCCUUCUAUGUGCAUUUAUAUCACUUAGUAAUUUAUUUAUUUUUAAUGUAUUUAUAGUAAAUAACUAACUUAAUUAUUUUUGCAGUAGAGGUCAAUAUAUUUCAACAAAUUCAUGUACUGUUUCGUUAGUUUAAAAUUAGUAACAUUAUUUUUUAAUUUUUCACUUUGGACCCAAAUUAUUGAUUUUCAGAACAAUUCCCUUAAAAAAGUUCUUUGUUCCCAAUUUUCGUUAUAAAAAGAUUAUUAUUUACCAAGAAAACAUUUAUCUGGUUCGAACUGUAGUAAAACUAACACUAUCUAAUAUGAACAAAAGCAGGUUACAGGCGAAACUCACCUUUUUCUAUUGCUAACUACCUGAAGCCAUGUAUUCGGAAGAAACUGCAGGAUAUAUAUUUUUAAGCUCAAGCGUAUAAAUGUUAUCACAAUAAAUUAAUUUCUUUAUGUUGCAAAGGCUACUGCUUUCUUCAUUAAUGUUAAUUUAAAUGCAACAGAAGUCAAUUAUAAUUAUUAUAUUAUAAGAAAGUAGUAAAUUAUUGCUUCAACCACUUAAAAUAUAUUUUACUAACGUAUAAAGUACACUUUGUUUUAGAGUUUUGCAAACGUUUGUACUUAGCUUUUGUAUGCAAUUUGUAGCCUGAACGCCCACGAAAUAAAUUUAAUAUCAAAACUC